AUGGGCAAAAAGAAAAAGAAGCAUCACUCUUCAUCUGACGAAGACGAGGAGGAGGAUGAGGAGCAGAAGAAGGAUGACAAGGACAAGGAAGCUGGAAGCGAUGCCGCUGCUGAUAAGGACGAAGAGGAGGAUUCAGGAGGGUCCUCGUCCUCGUCAUCGUCAUCCUCAUCAUCUUCAUCGUCGAGCGAUAAAAAGAAAAAGAAGAAAAAGAAAAAAGACAAAGAGGAGAGAAAGAGGAAAAAGAAAGAUGAAAAGAAGAAGAAAAAGGACGAGAAAGAAAAGAAGAAGGACAAGAAGAAGAAUAAACCAUCAGAUGAGGAAGAAGACAAGGGCAAGGAGGAUAAAAACGAUGAAAAUAAAGACAAAGACGAUAAAGAUGAGGAAAAGAAAGACAAGGACGGUGAGGAUGAGGACAAGAAAGAGAAGGACGACAAGGACGAGGAUAAGAAAGAUAGUGAGGAUGAGGAUAAGGGCAAGGAUAAAAAGGAUAAGGACAAGGAAGAUGAAGACACGGAUGAGAAAGACAAGGAAAAUAAAGACAAGGAGGAUAAGGACAAGGAAGAAAAAGACAAGGAUGAUGAGGAUAAGCCGAAGGAAGUUGACGUGUAG